AUGGCCUCCGCGGCGUCCGCUGCGGGUCCACCUCCUGGUCUCCCUACCCGACGACGUCCUCUUCGUCAUCUCGUCCACCUGGCCCCGGCGACUCGGCUCCCUCUCCCUCACCUGCCGCCGCCUCCGCUCCGCCGUCGCCGCCGCCGACAAGGCGUGGCUGGCGCAGUGCCUCCGGCUCGUACCCUCGGACGCCUCCUCUUCCUCCUGGCGCGAUCCCUCCCCUCUACGCCACCUCUGCCGCUUCCUCUCCGCCGCGCCCCCUCCUCGGCCUCUGGGUCCACCAGAACCCCGAGCUCGGCACCUGGUCUUCGUCUCCUGGGGGCCCACCUCUCCCUCCUCGCCUCCGGGGUCAUCCCCCAGGAGCUCAGCCCCAGCCUCCUGUGGGCCCCCGUCUUCGAGUACACCCCUCCGGCCGACGCCUCCGCCUCUGCUUCUUCCUCCACGGCCGCGCGAUCGGGGGAGGACUCCUCACCCCCGGCUCCGUCGCCUCCGUCACCCGGCUGCACGUCCUCCUCCUCGAGUCGAAAUCGAAGCCUACCCCCCCUCCUCUCUCCUCUCGCUCCCCCCUCGGCCGCGGCACGCCAGGAGCUCCGCCGCCGCCGCCCCGCGUUGAUGUCGCCGGCGUCAGCCGCCGGCGAUGAGCCGAAGGCUCAGUUCAGCAAGCUGGCCUUCGGGAUCGGAGGAGCUUCUCGAUCUUGUUUCUGCAGGGUCCGGCAGCGGGUUCCGACGGACUUGAGGGCGUUCUCUGUUUGCCAACAGCUCGGAGGAGGGGAAAUGAUGGUGGCUGACCGGAGGUUGCGUCCUGAUUCAGAUGCAUAA